UGUGGAUAUGGGGAUGGCCAGGAUUUGUAAAAAUACAUUUUUAUGAGGAGUGCUAGAAUCUUCCACAAACGUUCUCUGACGCUUUCCCACGUUGCGGAUGGCCGUAAUAAAAUGUGAUUGCACACCUGCCGUUAGUACCUCUGUACGUGACACAGAGCCUGUGCCUCAGCCAAUGAGAGAACUACUCUGCAGGUGACGUAUCUGUCACGUCACCGUGGGCCGGCGUUUCAUGUUACUGCGGCAGCGUCAGAUGUUCAGAAAUUAAAUUGUACAUAUCAGAGGGAACAGCUGUGAAGACAAAUCGUUUAACGGGACACAUCUGUCUGUUGAUAAUUUGCGGCUUUUCAUCGUCCAACCGUUCAGUAAGUUUAUUCUCAAGGAACAUGGACCAGAGGGACGAAAAGAAAAACCAGCAGUUCAGUAGUCCUGUUUGUGUGCACAACCCACAUCUGGAUGCUCUGAAAGAUGACAUCCUCUAUCACUUCAAUCUAGGAACUGGAAGUCAUAACCUAGAAGCCAUGUUUGGCGAUGUCAAAUUUGUGUGUGUCGGGGGCAGCCCCUGGAGGAUGAAGUCAUUCAUUGAGUUUAUUGCAGCCGAGCUCGCAAUGGAGGACCCCAAAUCAGAGUAUCCCAACAUCUGCGCUGGAACAGAUCGCUACGCCAUGUACAAAGUCGGCCCUGUACUCUCUGUCAGCCAUGGGAUGGGCAUUCCAUCUAUUGCAAUAAUGUUGCAUGAGCUUAUAAAGCUCCUUCAUCAUGCACAUUGCACAGAUGUUACAAUCAUACGCAUAGGGACAUCAGGAGGAAUAGGACUUGAGCCUGGCACGGUUGUCAUUACUGAAACGUCUGUGGAUGCCACCUUCCUGCCUAAGUUUGAGCAGGUGAUCCUGGGAAAGACGGUGGUGCGCAACACUGAUCUGGACCAAAGUCUGGCCCAGGAGCUGUUACAUUGCAGUAAAGAGCUCAACCAGUUUGAGACAGUCAUCGGAAACACAAUGUGCACGCUGGAUUUUUAUGAAGGUCAAGCCCGCCUGGAUGGUGCCUUCUGCUCCUACACUGAGGCAGAUAAACAGGAAUACCUCAUUAAAGCCAGAGAAGCAGGAGUCUGCAACAUUGAAAUGGAGUCGUCAGUUUUUGCUGCUAUGUGUAAGCUGAGUGGUCUGCGAGCGGCUGUUGUCUGCGUCACACUGUUGGAUCGACUGAAGGGAGAUCAGCUAAGCAGUUCUCAGGAAGUCCUUCACAGUUACCAGCUUCGUUCUCAGAUACUGAUCGGUUCCUACAUUAAGAAGCAGCUAAACGCCAAAGCAGAGCACAUUUGAAUGUAGUCGUUGCACUGUUGUGAGAGUAAACAUUUUGUUCAGAAUAUCUUAUAGGUUAUAAAUGUUCCAGCACUUAAAAAAUAGCCUACCGCAGUAGCUUUAAACCGCUGUUUUAGUAAUUCUUUACUCCAUACACGUUUUAAUAUCUCCAUGUAAAUUCAAAUUGAAAUUAUGCUGUGUAUUCAUACAUUGUUUGGUUGAUUUAAGGAAAAUCAUACACACUUUCACUUUUUACCCCUUUGUCUUAGUUUUCAAUUUACGUUAACUGAACAUUAAAUGCAUUUAGAUGCUAAAGUUUUAAAAUAUAUUUGAUUUAAGGCACUUUUCUAUAUUUAAGUUCUUGAUCCUUAAAACUUGAACUUAACCUGUGCUUUAACAGAAUAUCUUAUAAUGGUUUUUACAAAAUAUUUCUUCCUUAAGUGUCAAAGGAAUGAUACAGAUAUCAAGUAUUUUGUCUCAUGCUGUUUCUUUUAGCUGAACCCAGAAGUAUGUAUCUGAUCUAGACUGUUACUGUUCAAAAUGUCUGGUUGUGUUAUUUCCAAAAAACAAAAAUUGCAUUGCUUAGAUGUAAUUUUUCAUCAACUUAAAAUAACAAAUACUGAUGCUAAAAAACUGCAUGUGAUACAUAGAUUUUUUUAUCCAAUAAAAACAAUUGUCCCCACAGUA